AAGGCCAGUGAAGCAAAAUGCUUGGUCAAAAAAAUAAAAAUAUACAGCAAAGGGGCAGAAUAAGUUGUUCAAGAUUAGCUAGUUUCGCCUUCUUUAAGUAGUGCUUUCCCCUUUCACAGCUUCUCCAACCAUUGAAGUGGCAGAGAACGGAGAGUGAGAGAGAUACUUUUACCCUCUGUUCAAAUUUCAAAGGAGUCGCUAAAGAGAUGUCGUCGUGGACUUCAUCCCAGUUCCUGUAUGAAGAAACCAAGCCAUGUGGUAUUCAGUUCUUGGAACGGUUCAAGCGUUCAGGAAGACUCUCCUUCAAGCAAUACCAAGCCCUUGUCUUCAUCUUGACCUUUGUUGCCUAUAUUGCGUUCCACGCUGCCCGGAAGCCCAAUAGCAUCGUCAAAGGAACGCUCUCCGCAUCAACAGUCAAAGGCGGUUGGGCUCCCUUUGAUGGACCUGAUGGACCAGCCUGGCUCGGACAGAUCGACUUGGCUUUCCUCUCUGUCUAUGCGGUUGGGAUGUUUGUCGCCGGUCAUUUGGGAGAUCGUCUGGAUCUCAGGACGUUUCUGACCAUCGGUAUGAUCGGGACCGGUCUUUUCACGGCUCUCUUUGGAGUUGCGUUCUGGGCGGAUUUCCACAGCUUCUACUAUUUCUUGGCCGUUCAGGUUUUUGCCGGAUUGUUCCAGUCGAUAGGUUGGCCUUGUGUUGUGGCCGUGCUCGGGAACUGGUUCGACAAGAAGAGAAGAGGCAUGAUUAUGGGUGUUUGGAGUGCUCACACAUCUCUCGGUAACAUCACAGGGUCUCUGCUCGCGUCCGGGCUUCUUAGAUUUGGGUGGGGAUGGUCGUUUCUUGGACCGGCUUUGCUCAUAACUUUUCUCGGGAUCGUUGUUUACUUUUUCUUGCCGGUGAACCCUCCGACCGUUGGUGCUGAAAGAGAUGGAACCGAAGUUGACUCAACAAUGAGGCUUGGUGAAACCAUUACAGAGAGCUUCUUGAGCUCUAGGAUGAGUACAGGAUUCGAUAGAAAAGCAAUCGGGUUCUUGGCCGCUUGGAAAAUCCCCGGUGUUGCUCCUUUCGCCUUCUGCCUCUUCUUCACCAAACUGGUCUCAUACACUUUCCUCUAUUGGCUUCCUUACUACGUCAGCCACAACAUGAUCGGAGGAGAGUACCUCUCUGAGGAAACAUCAGGAAACUUGUCGACACUCUUUGAUGUUGGAGGCGUGGUCGGAGGAGUCUUAGCCGGAUACAUCUCUGAUCAGCUCGACGGCAGAGCCAUCACAGCAGCAGGAUUCAUCUACCUAGCGAUCCCAGCUCUGUUCCUCUACAGAGUCUACGGACACAUCUCAAUGACAAUCAACGUCAUCCUCAUGUUCACAUCUGGAGUAUUCGUCAAUGGACCUUUCGCUCUCAUCACAACAGCUGUCUCAGCUGAUCUCGGCACCCACAAGUCUCUCAAAGGCAAUGCCAGGGCUUUGGCUACAGUCACAGCUAUUAUAGACGGCACAGGAUCAGUCGGUGCUGCGAUCGGACCGGUCCUUACCGGUUACAUCUCUGCGAUUAGCUGGGACGCUGUGUUUUACAUGUUGAUGACUGCAGCUUUCGUCUCUGGAUUGUUGCUCACUAAGCUUAUUGUAGCAGAAGUGAAGGCUAUGUUGUAUGGAUCAUCUGAGGAAGACGAAGUUGUAGCAUCAUCACCAGCACACAGAGCUCCCAUUGAUGUUCUCCUAUGAGUUUUGCAUUUUUCCGUUUCAUUCAUGAUUUGAUUUCUCUGUUUUCUUUGACAAUUUCACAAGAAAGGCCACUUUUUUGUUAUGUUUUCAACUUCGUUUAAGAUGAUGAUCAAUGUCUAAAAUUUCUAAGGUUUGACUGAAAAUAAAAUCGCUUUCGCUCUUAAAACGAUCAAAUCGGCUGAAAAAUUGCGGCAAUCUGAGAAAAGAAUUUUCAUUUGCUUCUAUUAGAUCUGUCGAAUUUCUCUGAAUUUACAAUCCCACAACAAACCCUCAAAAGUAUCAAGAGAUCAAAGAAAGAAAAAAAAAAAACGUAACAAAGAAGGAUUUGGGAGGAGAAAGCGAGUGGAAUCUGUCAAACGUCGUCUCUACUUUUGGGCUUGCGAUACUUCUCCUCAAGUUGCUUCGCCGUUGAGACGGCGCAGUGCCCAAGCUGCUUGAUGUUGGGAACGUUGUAAUUCUGGGCGAUGUAGAUCCCGCACACUGUUCCCGUGAGGAAAGAGAAGCUGCUCCGUAUUAUUCCCAUCUUCUUCUUCUCCGCUAAACUAACGCGAGAGCGAGUGAUGAUGUCCCGGUCUCCGGCGUGAACCUAGAUCGGUAAAAGUUAGGGCUUUUGAAUUGGAGAGACGAUUAAUCGGAGAUUCGCGGAAGUAAAAGCGAAAAUCUAGAACAUAGUCGAAGAAUGAGAAGAAUCGAUCGAAGAUCCAUCAGUGGGCCGUCUA